CUGAGGAUGAGGAUGGGUCAUGGGACUCAUGGCCUCAUGGGUAGCUUAUAACUCUUCGGUGUUACUGUUGUAGUUUUCCUCUGAAUCAUUCUCCACUCUCCGAUAACAAAAUGUAUCUGUUUCACACUUGAAGCGACGGGAGCGAUUCCGGGGGAACCAGCCGUCCAAGAGAGAAAGAGAGGGAGGUAGGAAGGAAAAGCGACCAUCUUCUUUGUCUUUGCAUACUGUGAAGAUGGGGCUUCCGUGGCUAGCUUGUACUCUCCUCAUAUCUCAUCGAAACCCUAGUUUCCUGUGACAGCUUCUUUCGUUCCUUGACGGGCCCCAAGUCGUUCUUGUCGAUUGCUUUUCAGGAGGAAUUCACAGCUCUGUCUUCUGGCCAUGCGACCCUGGUUCACUCAAAUCACCCUCUGGAGAGAGGACUCCCAAGAUUUCGCUUACAAACGCAACUUUUCUCGAUUUUUGUAUCCGGUUUUCAGCGAUGCCUGGCGAGUCUCAUGGCCCUAAUACAAAGGGCCUUCUAUGCAAUGCUGGCGCUGGCGCUGCUGCUGGUGCUAUCGCUGCAACAUUUGUUUGUCCGCUGGAUGUCAUCAAGACAAGGUUUCAGGUCCAUGGGAUUCCUAAUCUUGGUGGUGGAACCACUAAAGGUAGCCUCAUAGUACGAAGUUUGGAACAAAUAUUUCAAAAAGAGGGAGUGCGUGGCAUGUACCGUGGGCUUUCUCCCACUGUAUUGGCUUUACUUCCAAACUGGGCGGUAUAUUUCACGAUGUAUGAGCAGCUUAAAGGCUUGCUUUACACUGAUGAUGGGAACCAUCAACUCUCAGUUGGUGCAAAUAUGAUAGCUGCUGCUGGUGCUGGAGCUGCAACAACCAUUGCUACCAAUCCUCUUUGGGUUGUCAAGACAAGAUUUCAGACGCAAGGAACGAGGGGAGGAGUGGUGCCAUAUCGGGGUACUCUCUCUGCAUUGAGGAGAAUAGCUCAUGAGGAGGGUAUUCGAGGAUUAUACAGUGGUCUUGUACCAGCAUUGGCAGGAAUUAGCCAUGUUGCCAUCCAGUUCCCUACAUAUGAGAAAAUCAAAAUAUAUUUGGCCAAGCGAGAUAAGACUACCACAGAUACCCUCAGUGCACGUGAUGUUGCUGUUGCAUCAUCAGUCUCCAAAAUAGCUGCAUCCACAUUGACGUAUCCACAUGAGGUGGUGCGCUCAAGGCUUCAAGAACAAGGCCACCACUCAGAGAAGCGAUAUUCUGGUGUUAUUGACUGCAUCAAAAAAGUAUUUCAGAAAGAAGGUAUCCCUGGAUUUUACCGUGGGUGUGCCACCAACCUGCUUAGGACCACCCCGGCUGCUGUAAUCACAUUCACCAGCUUUGAAAUGAUACACCGCUUUCUAGUCACUCUGUUCCCUCCCGAGCCACAACCUCAUACACUAUGAUGACUGAUAUCAGACUCUACUAUGGGGUCUUGAGUCAAUGAAGCUUGAGUUGAUGGAACUCUUUACAACACCAUACGUUCAUAAGAAAGGCAAGGUAAUCAUGCCUGUUUUUUUGUUCCGUACUCCGUUAAUGAUUGAGAAUGAUGAGGUAGUAUACAUUAUUCCUUGUGUGGUGUUCAGCACUAUGGAGUAGAAGUUCCUAUUUAACAUUUUUAAGAUUGGGGAACAAAAUAUUUUGCUCCUUAAUGAAACCAUUCAUUCGUCUAUGGUCCUAACGUUUGCUUUUGGGAGGGUCAGUAAGUAACUCAUGAUGAUGAUGACGACGACGACUAAGUUGUAUUAUGUAAAAGUUUUGGUCAUAAACAUUGUAGUUACUGCAGUGUCUGUUCAGAGAUUGGAAUCAUUGUUUGCAAACCAGGAAAGAUUCUAGCUGUGGUGCAAGCUUUUCUUUUCAUCUGUAUAUUCAUAACCUAUUGGGAAUUUGGGAUCCAUGGAAUAAAAUGAUAUCGUCGUGGUUUCUGUUCU